UACUACCCGUUGCCAUUCUGACUGAGAAUCGGUUUAUCGGGAUUGCCGCAACCGGACAUUACAGUACAUCAAAACAAUGGUAAAAGCGGUGGUCGGAGAAGAAACUCAGCUCAAACAAGCUGAAGAUCGUCUCGCUCAAUCUGCAGUUCCUGCUCAGGUGGGACUUGUGAUAGGGAAACUCAGCUCUAAUCUAGAUAGGGGUUUCGUCUUUGAUUUGAUCCCAACUCCACUUAACGAUGCGGGAGAGCCUGCUUCUUCUCUCCUCGAAGCCCCUAAGGAUGAGAAGAAGAAAGGACCUAAAUCCAAAUCACAGUCUGUUGAUUCUUCCUCUAUGGCCAUUGACAAGGACUGGGUCGCCGAACAUGCUCGCCAGGUGACCAAAAUGUUAUCUUGUGGAAUGAAGGUGAUAGGUAUCUAUGUAUGGGUCGGCGACAGCGCUUUCAAAAAUUCAACCAUUAUGCUUUGUCAGACUAUAAAGGGUGUCGCUGAAGCUGCACCACUCUCGGAGAUUGAUCCAGAUGAAAGAAUUCUUCUUCACAUAUGUUAUAGUCCAAGGAGGUGGACAUGUCGAAACUAUUCAUUGGGUUCAAAUAUUUCUUCAAGCAAUCUACGGCCUUGUGACUUUAAGAUGGGGAAAGUCUUAAAUUCUCUUCAAACGUUUAAGUGCAUGUACAACUUUGAUCUUAGAUUGCCUAUUUAUAAGAAUGCAUCAAGUGUACAAACAUUGCCUGAUGUACUUCGUCAUGGGAUAUCUGUUCAUGCCAAAGAUUUGGAAGGUGCAAAAGCCAUCAUUGAUGGGAAUUUGGUUGUUAAUGAUGAGCCAUGCACAUCAGAUGGUUUGCAUGAAGUUGAAUUGCUGCUACCAUUCAUGAAAAAUGCUUCAACUGAAGCAUGCAGCCAAAAAGAAGUCACUGGUGUUAUCGCUUUUAAUGGCUCUGUGUGUUCUUUUGGGUACAUAAAUUCAAAAGAACCAAUUUCACAAGUUGUUGCUGAUAUAAAGGAAGAUAUUAUUCUGAGCCUGCAAAGUAGACUAGAUAUUAUCUGUGAUGAGGCGGAUGGAGAUACAGACGAGACUAAUGGUGAAAGCAAGGAAGCAAAUGAUAAAAUGACUCUAGAAACUUGCACCUCCCAACUUUCCAUACAUCUAUUGCGAAAAACUACCAACCUUUCACUUCCCCGAAGAGUCUUUAUUCCCUGGUUGGGGGAUCUGUUUAUGUGUGACUAUCUACAAUCAUCUGAGACCCUUGAGGUACUGAAAGAUCAUUGUGUGGAGCUGUUGUCAAUGGAUGCUGCGAUUGAUACCACCACAAUUUUGGAACCUGAAGUAGAACCACCUGCUUUAAUUGCUACAUCUUUUUGGGAUGUGGCUGUGCCUCUUGACCCAGCAUCCAGCUAUUCCUCAAAGAAGAGUGUUGUUGAGACAUCCAUAGGAGAAACUAGUGGGAACACAACCAAGUCUGCAAAUUUCAACAUCAUAAUAGCUGCCUUCUUCCUUUUUCUGUCUGUCAUUGUUGGGUAUAUUCUCAUUAUCAUCAAACGAUAGUAGUUCUCGUCGAUGAUAUUAUUAAGUUGUGUAUUGCCUAGUAGUCGGUUGUUUUGAUUUUUAGUUUUGUUGUUACCACAUUUUGUGGUCCGUUGGUUUUUUCUGUUUUCUUUUUGUUUGUUUCCCAUUCCAGCUAUAUAAGAGUUGUUUUUUGUACGUUCUUGACAGAAUGAUAAUAAUAAAGAAGGAAAAGUCUCUGUUUCAUUUCUUCUAAAA